AUGACGACCGACGCCACCGCGGGGGCGCGACGGGAGCGCCGAGACGCCGAGAUCGAUCACCUGGCGUACGUCGUGCGGAGCGCCAAGGACGGACCGGAGGCGAGGAGCGCGAGACUGGGAGAUAAUCGCGUGGAUUUCAUUCGAGGGAAAGAUUUCUAUCGAUGGAUCAUCGACGUUCGACGCGAUCUGUUGGAUGAACACGCGCCGGUGAACGAUAAGAAGGAGCGCGAGACGAUGGAGAAUGACCCGGCGUACGCGACGCGGGCGAACGAGGCGCGGGCGCGGCACGUUGGACAGGCGUUGUUGCAGCGAGGGUAUCUCAUUCGGUGCGAACGAGAGAUCAAGCGCGCGCGCAAGGGACGGGUGAAGUUGGUGAAAUUUCCGCAUUAUCUGGAGCGAACGCGGGAUCAGACGUUCGUGCAGGAUGCGUUCUACGCGUGGACGUACACGCCGCCGAUGAGCUGGACGGGGGUGUUGAUGAGCGGGUUGUUCGCGCUCUUCGUCGUCGCCAUGUGCCUGUUUCCGCUGUCGCCGAUUUGGUUCAAAAAGUUAAUCCUGUACGUGUGUCUGGCGAUCUUGGGGACGUUCGGGGUGACGUUCACGGUGCGAUUAGCGGUGUUCAUCGCGGUGUGGAUCUUCACCGGGGAGCACUUUUGGCUCUUGCCGAAUCUCACCGACGACGAGAUCCCGAUCAACGAGAUCUUCAAGCCGCUCUUCGCGUUCGAUAAGAGAGCGAAGAAGAUCGGGCCGUUGCAGCGAGUUGGAUUCUUGACCAUCGGUGGCGCCGUGGUGUACGGAUUGUACAGCGUCGCGCCGGAGACCGGAGGCGCGGUGGCGAACCUGAACAGGGCACACGAUUCCAUCCUCGACUUGUUCAACCUCAAGGAUGGACCAAAGAGUCUCGGAGGGGCUAACGCGACGGCGAACGCGACGGCGAACGCGACGGCGAACGUGACGAUGGACACGAACGCGACGGUGGACGAUGUCGUCAACAACGCGACGGCGGAAGGCGCGAACGCGACGGCGAACGUGACGAUUCCGAGCUUGGAUGACAUUCUCGCCGAGGUCGGCGACAUCGAAGAAGAAGACAUCGAAGAAGACACGCCAGAGCCGCGACGCGAGGAACUCUAA